AUGGCCAACUCUGGCGCUUCCUCUCCCGUCUCGCCCCUCAAACCAUCCGAUGGACCGCCGGAAUCUCCUACCACAGCCCGUCCACUGGACUUUGACAGCGACCAAGAGACAGGCACCGUGGCCGCGGCAACUCCAUCAAAGACGCAAACCUCUCUGCCCGAUCCCCCCCCGAAAGACGAGGAAGCUCCACCCCCCAAACCUCCCAGGCCCAUGAGCCCUCGCGAACAAGCAGAGACUACGCUGAGAGAAGCCUUUCCGACCAUUGAUUCCAGUGUCGUCCGAGCAGUUCUAACAGCGAGUGGCGGGAACGUCGAGCCGGCAUUCAAUGCCUUACUGGGCAUGACGGAUCCAGACUCACAACGGGAGCCUGAACCACCAGCCAAACCUCCACGCCCGACACAACAAUACCAACCUCCUCGCUCAACCGCCAAACUCAGUCAGGUAGAAGCAGAUGAACUCUACGCCAGACAACUGGCCGAACACUACAGUGGUGCCAGUCAACCAGGUCAACCUCGUCGCGGGUCUGGUGGUAGAUUCAACGAAGAUCUUCCCGGAUCAAGGGCAGGACGACCAGGUGCAAAUCCAAAUCCAGACGAUGUUCCCUGGCGGAGUUUCAUCGAUGAUGACCUGCCUGAAAUCCGGGACAAUAUCCGCAAAGGCUUCAUGGAGACGCAGAGCACCGUGAAUAAAUGGAUAUCGGUGUUCAAAAAGAAGCUAGAUGGCGAUGAUGAAGAGUCGGACUUGAAUCAACAGCCAGCACAAGGCUAUGGAACAGGUCGGGGUCGGGGUUACUACUCUUCAGCUCAGUCUCAGCAGCCGCCCGGCCGGCGUAGCACGGAUAUGCGGCGAAGUGCAGACCUACAGCGGUACGAUGCGGACAUGCAACCCAUCGGAGAUGACUUUUCCAAGCUGGAAUUACGCGACAAUGACGCCCCUCCCCGCACGUCCAGCCGCCCACUGGCGAAUCCAAAUCUCUUCCGGCCUGGAGUUGCUGGGCCAGACCGGCGGUCUUCGGCUAGCGCGAGUCGGAAGGUUUCCUUCCAGGAUGGCCCGCCAGAGGAGAUCAAGGAUAUGUACUCUGCGUCGCCGAAGCCUUCGCCGGCUGCAACAACAUCCACGCCAAACUCGGGCAAGGCGAGCAAAUGGCAGCCGCUGGCGACACUUGAUCCGAGCCCCGUGGCGGAAAACGACCCCUUCAGCCUGGGUGAUAGCGACGAGGAGAAGGACGCCAAAGUGAUUACAUUGAAAGACGACGAACCAUCCAACACCGGCGCGAGUGACGGCGCCAAGACCCACGAGGAUGAGCAGGUGAAACAGGCGACGGACGAGGCUAUGAAGGAAAGCAUAGGCAGUGCAACGAAAUGA